AUGAUUCUUCGCCAGUUCGCGUCCUCCCUGUCCCCAUGCCGGCAACGUGCCCUGGCCACAAUGGCCAAGAACAAUCUUGUCAAUAUCGUCGAGGUGGGCCCGAGGGACGGCCUCCAGAAUGAAAAGGGCCAAGUUAUUCCCGUUGGUGUCAAGGUCGAGCUGAUCGACCGCCUUGUCGAUGCUGGCUUGUCCACCGUCGAGGCUGGAAGCUUCGUGAGCCCGAAAUGGGUCCCCCAGAUGGGAGGGACACCGGACGUGUUGAAGCAGAUCAGGUCCCGCCGCCCCAACGUGCACUACCCAGUCCUAGUUCCGAAUCAACGCGGCCUUGACGAUUUGCUAUCUCUGCUCGACUCCCAUCCUGCUUUGACCGACGAAAUCGCGGUCUUUACCUCUGCAACUGAUGCCUUCAAUAAAGCGAAUCUCAAUUGCACUGUUGCAGAGUCCCUCCAGAAGCUCCAGUCCGUGGUGUCCACGGCGAAGGAGAAGGGGCUGAGAGUGAGAGGAUAUGUCAGCGUGGUCGUGGUCUGUCCAUACUCGGGCAAGGUGGACUAUCGGAAGGUGAGGGAGGUGGCGAAGGAGUUGGUGGAUAUGGGCUGCUAUGAAGUUAGUUUGGGUGAUACCGUUGGCCAGGCUAGACCGCAUGAAGUGGCGGAGAUGCUUGAGGAGGUUAAGCUGAGCGUUCCAGUUCAUCAAUUGGCUGGACAUUUUCAUGAUACGUAUGGGACAGCCGUGGCUAAUGUGCUCAAAGCGCUGGAACACGGUGUGAGGACGAUUGAUGCGUCUGUGGGCGGACUUGGAGGGUGCCCGUAUUCUCCUGGGGCCACAGGGAACGUUGCCACGGAGGAUGUCCUGUAUGCCUUGCAGGAUUCCCCAUACACGGUGAACGGCGCAGACGACACCCCUGUCAGCUUGGAAAAAGUGGCUAGCAUUGGCAGUUGGAUAAGUCAAGCGCUUGGCCGGGACACGGUGCAAUGGUGUGAUGUCAUUCUGAGCUUACCCCGCCGGAUCAAUGGGCAUGUAUUUACCGAGCCGGUAUAUCUACAUGGACUUCAGUCGUUACCCGUCCAGGUCAAAGCUGGAUUGGCCCCUUUCCGACCUCUACCUUCCCUCACCUCACCUUUCUCUCGAGCCGGCAGAGCGAUGGUGUUGAACAAGCAAACGUAUGUCUUCGAUCCUAGGCCGAAUUACCCAUUGGUGGUUACGGCAAAUCGGUAUUGGGACCCAGAGACGAGUGCGGUCGAUGGCGUGACGGUUGUGUUUGCCCAUGGCACGGGGUUUAAUAAGGAGAGUUGGGAACCGACGAUUGAGGAUGUCCAGAAGGCUCUUGAGGGCAAUCAGACGGUCAGGGUCAGAGAGUAUUGGUCAAUUGACGCGCCGAAUCAUGGAGAUAGUGCCGCGUUGAAUCAGGAGACGUUGAAGGUCGGGUAUACGCCUAUCUGUGAGUGCCACCUCCAAAUCUUUGACUCAGUGCUAAGCAGAAUUGCUAGUCGGAUGGGAAGAGUACGCGAGGUCCAUCCAUCUUUUCCUUUCUGGCUAUGGAAAAGGCGUAGACGUGGAUUUCUCGAAACGGAGGCUGGUGGGAGUGGGGCAUUCCAUGGGGGCUGUGUCACUGCGCCUAUUAACGAAAGUUCAAGGGUGUUAAUGACCGGGCAUUAUCCUCACGUCAAGUUUGAGAAAGUUAUCCUCUGCGAAGUGAUGUGCAUGAACCCAAAGUUUGUUGGAAGGGCGGGUAACUUUUUGACGCAGGGAGCGGAGAAGAGGAGGGAUGUGUGGCCUUCGAGGGAGGAGGCGUAUAACAUUUUGAAGGAUAGAGGAACGUGGAAGACGUGGGAUGAUAGGGUUCUCAGGAGCUUUGUGGACACGGCUUUACGGCCGGUGGACGAAGGGAAGCAAGAGGUUACGUUAAAAUGUAGUCGAGUCCAAGAAGCGGCUUGUUAUCGUGACCCGCUUGGGUCUUCGAGGGCGUAUGGGCUCCUUGGGGAAUAUGUGAAGCGGGUCCCGACCCACCUUAUCUAUGGGGGUAUCGACGAUUAUCUCCCCGCUGAAGUCAAGACAGAUAUCCUCAAGGUUGUGGGAGACAGCGUGCAAUCAUUCACACGCGUUCCCAAAGCUGGACAUUUGAUUUCUCGUAUUAUCGGCGACGACGAAAGGUUGAAAAUGGCGUCUGUUCAGGUCCUCCCCAUCGAGAUCCCAGCAGUUCCUGAAUCCUACAAGAUCCCCAGCGCGCCUUCGAGCUCGCGGUUAUCCCCCCCCCAUCCCAGCGGACACCGACAACUUCUCCAGGUUGGACCAGCAUAUUUGAACCACCUCCGAUUGACCCUGCGCCAUUCGCACUCGUUCUCUGCUCUUGAUAAGCAUUUGGAGGAGGAGAGGGAGCGACUCGCCAAGUUGAACCCUGAUGCCGAUGCUGAGGAGGAUGAUCUUGGUGUUGGCGACGAGGAGGAGACUGAAGAGUUGUUGAGCUAUGAUCCAAAGGAGUGGAAGAAACAUGAUCUGUAUGCUAUCCUUGGCUUGUCCCACCUCAGAUAUCGCGCCAACGCUGAGCAGAUUAAGAUCGCUCACCGCAAAAAGGUUCUCAAGCACCACCCUGACAAGAAGGUCUCCACCACUGGCCCUACCACCGAUAUCCACCUCAACACCAACGACGAUGCAUUCUUCAAAUGUAUCCAAAAGGCACACGAGGUUUUGACCAACCCUGAGAAGAGGAGACAGUUUGACUCCGUCGACCCUCAAUUCUUGGAGUUGGAAGAGUAUCUCCCUACUGCUUCCCGCGUCAAGGCCAAGGACUUCGAUUUCUUCAAAGAGUUCUCUUCGGUCUUCGAUCUUUACUCGAGGUUCUCCAAGAUCCAGCCCGUUCCUGGCCUUGGCCAUAUCGAUUCAACGAAGGAGGAGGUCGAGCAUUUCUACGACUUUUGGUACAACUUUGACAGCUGGAGAAGCUUCGAAUGGCUCGACAAGGAAGUCAACGAGGGUAGCGACAGCCGUGAUGACAAGCGAUACACUGAGAAGAAGAACAAGACCGAGCGUGCCCGCAGAAAGAAGGAGGAUACUGCCAAGUUGCGCACUUUGGUCGAUCUCGCUUUGAGCGUUGAUCCUCGCAUUAAACGGAUCAAGCAGCAAGAAAAGGAAGCUCGUGAGGCCAAGCGUCGUGCCGCUCAGGGUGGCCCUGUCAAGAAGAGCAAGGCCGAUGAGGACGCUGAGAAGAAGCGCCUUGAGGAGGAGGCUAAGCAGAAGGAGGAAGCUGAGAAGGCGGCUCGUGCUGAAGCGAAGAAAGCCAAAGCUGCCGCUGCUAAUGCUGCCAAGAAGGCUCGUCGUGCACAGCGUGCAGCUGAAGAGGCAGCCGCCGCUGCCGCCGCUGGCAACUAA